GCGGGGGAGGAAGUUGUCUAGUUUGUUUGGAGUCCGGGGCAGAAAGUGCAGUCUGCCGCAUUGGUAACGGCACGAGCCGUUCGGUCUCGCUGCAGUUAGGCUCCGGUUUCCGUCGUAGCACCACGGCCCCCCCUCCAGCCCCGAGCCCGGCGCGGCUGCCCGGGGGGCUCCUUCAGCCUCCUUGACGCCGCUCCAGGGGGCACUUACCGCGCCGUCGCCCGGGUCUCCAUCGUGGAGACUGGCCGCCGGCUUUAGCACUCCGCGUCGCAGUAAGAAGGGCCCUUGUCACCCGCUCUCUGCCUUCCUCUCUGAAGCGUCGAGACCCUGGUCCGGAGCGGCAGCCUUGGACCUCGGACUAGACGGAUCCAAGACGCUCAGCCCAGACCCCCCUCAGACAGGGCUCUUCAUCGUCUCUAAUAUGUCACCCACCAUCUCCCACAAGGACAACAGUCGUCAACGACGGCCAGGGUCUUUCAACCACUCCCUGGAUAUGAAGAGCAGCCCUCUGCCGCCGGGCAGCUGGGAUGACACACAUCUGGACUGGGUGGGCGGAGAAGGGGACAAAGAAGGUUUUCUUUCGGAUACCGGCACCAGUGAUUUCUCAAAACCACAACGGAGUUGCCGGGCCGAAUUAAGCAGCAUUUUGCUGUUGCUUUUUCUUUACGUGCUGCAGGGCAUUCCUCUGGGCCUGGCGGGAAGCAUACCACUCAUUUUGCAGAGCAAAAAUGUUAGCUAUACAGAUCAAGCUUUCUUCAGUUUUGUCUUUUGGCCUUUCAGUCUCAAAUUGCUCUGGGCCCCAUUGGUUGAUGCGGUUUACUUUAGGAACUUCGGUCGUCGCAAAUCUUGGCUUGUCCCUACACAGUAUAUACUGGGAAUCUUCAUGAUAUAUUUAUCCACUCAGGUGGACCAUUUGCUUGGGAAUACUGAUGGCAGAAACCCCGAUGUGAUUGCUCUCACAGUGACAUUCUUUUUGUUUGAAUUCCUGGCCGCCACGCAGGACAUCGCUGUGGAUGGUUGGGCAUUAACCAUGUUAUCCAGGGAGAACGUGGGUUAUGCUUCUACUUGCAAUUCAGUGGGCCAAACAGCGGGCUACUUUUUGGGCAAUGUUCUGUUUUUGGCCCUUGAAUCUGCCGACUUUUGUAACAAAUAUUUGCGGUUUCAGCCUCAACCCCGGGGAAUCGUUACUCUUUCAGAUUUCCUUUUUUUCUGGGGAAGCGUAUUUUUGAUAACAACAACUUUAGUUGCCAUUCUGAAAAAAGAAAACAAAGAGUUAUCAGUAGGAAAAGAAGAAACCCAAGGGAUCACAGAUACUUACAAGCUGCUUUUUGCAAUUAUAAAAAUGCCAGCAGUUCUGACAUUUUGCCUUCUGAUUCUAACUGCAAAGAUUGGUUUUUCAGCCGCAGAUGCAGUAACAGGACUGAAAUUGGUAGAAGAGGGAGUACCUAAAGAACACCUAGCCUUACUGGCAGUUCCAAUGGUUCCUUUGCAGAUCAUAUUGCCUCUGAUUAUCAGCAAAUACACUGCAGGUCCCCAGCCACUAAACGUAUUUUACAAAGCUAUGCCAUACAGAUUAUUGCUUGGAUUAGGGUAUGCUGUACUGGUUUGGUGGACUCCGAAAGUGGAACAUCAAGGGGGAUUCCCUGUGCAUUACUAUAUUAUAGUGCUGCUGAGUUAUGCAUUACACCAGGUUACAUUGUACAGCAUGUAUGUUUCCAUAAUGGCUUUUAAUGCAAAGGUUAGUGACCCACUUAUUGGAGGAACAUAUAUGACCCUUUUAAAUACCGUGUCCAAUCUGGGAGGAAACUGGCCUUCUACAGUAGCCCUUUGGCUAGUAGAUCCCCUCACUGUGAAAGAGUGUGUAGGAGCAUCAAACCAGAAUUGUCGAACACCUGAUGCUGUUGAGCUUUGCAAAAAACUCGGAGGCUCAUGUGUUACAGCACUGGAUGGUUAUUACGUGGAGUCCAUUAUUUGUGUGCUUAUUGGAUUUGGGUGGUGGUUCUUUCUUGGUCCAAAAUUUAAAAAGUUACAGGAUGAAGGACCAUCUUCAUGGAAGUGCAAAAGGAGCAAUUAAUGCAUUCACUACUGGGCAUUCUAAGAAAGACAGACUGAAUUAUUGGUUGUAUCUUCUACUAGUAACCUGGGCAAAAGGAAGAGUAAGUGAAGCCACAACACUUUUCCUUCAAGAAGAGAUGAUGUACGGAUAGUUUGGGAUUAUAAGAAUUUCACUGGGAAACCAUUACAAAAUCUCUUGCUUUUUAACUUUUUUUAUUGGCUCUGGUAGUUAAAAUUUUGAAGAAUUUCCUUAAAGGACAGUUUGGGACUAUAGAGAAAAUACUUUUGUUUCUCCACCAUUAGAGCUUUCUGAGCCAAUUUUACUGAAACUUGGGACCUGUGCUGAAAGAGAAGCCCUUAAAGUUCAUUUGUGACUGGAUGGAGAGGAGCCAUCCAGACUGUAUUAGUUUGCUACGGCUGCCAUAACAAAAUACUAUAGACUGGGGGGCUUAAACAUUGCAAAUUUAUUUUUUUGACAUUUCUGGAGGCUAAAAGUCCAAGAUCAAGGUGGAAACAGGUUUGGUUAUCUCCUGAGGUCUCUCUCGACUUGGAGACUGCCAUCUUUUUGCUGUGUCUUCACAUGACCUUUCUUUGUGCAUAUACAUCCCUAGUAUCUCUUCCGUAAGGACACCAGUUCUGUAGAAUUAGGACCCCAUCCUUAUGACUUGACUUAAUCUUAAUUACCUCCAUAAAGGCCCUGUCUCCAAAUACAGUCAGUCACAUUGGGGCUUAGGGUCAUAAUAUGAAUUUUGGAGGGACAUAAUUUGGUCUAUAACAGAGAUACUUAACUUACUUAGUAUGUACAUUUUAACGGGAAAUGAGACCUGGGACCAUGGCCAUAUCUCUGGGUUGUAAAUCUGGAGACAGAAGUUUGUCUUCCCUCCUGAAGACAUAUAUUUACAUUCCAAAGGGGAGGAACCAAGGAUUCUUUCCAAGGAAAAUUUCUUUACACUAAAGAAUGAAGAUUUCCUUUCUCUGGAAGAAAGGAGGGCUUCAGUCCAGCUGUCCUACGGAGCCACCCGUAUUCCUAUUUGUAUUGGAGGGUUCCUCGUGUGUUACAAACCCUGGCGUAUGUAGGCUCUGAUAAGCUAUUGGUAAUGGAUCUGGUUCUCAUCAGUCACCAUGCAGGUGAGCAUUGGAGUGUGUGGAACAAAUGUGACUCAUAAUUAAUAAUUAAAUUAUC